CAUAGCUUACAUAGGUACGUUAAUUGGUAAUUAGAUUCAAUUGUUAUUCAUACGUUAGAACGUGUAAAAACAGAAAACCGACCAUAAUCGACAUAAUUCUGAGAGUAUUCAUUAAAAUUUGAAAUUAUUAAGUCUUCGCUGUCCUCUUACAAGCGACUUCAGCGAUAGCCCAUAAGUAACGACUUUUUAUUGUAAACGAAUGUUAAAUAACUUCUGUGUUCUAAUAAGUAAUAAUUAGUACCAAAAAAUACCCAAAUAUUAAAAAAAAGCAAUUGUGUUCCAGUUUUGUUAUUGUAUCAUGUGAUACGUUUUUUUACCAUUUGAAGUUUAUAGUUUUCAAAUCUUAACAUGGGCGUUACAAUUAUACAACAGUUUCCAAUGAAAGAAAAUCGCACAGGCGCUCAGAUAAUUGAAUUUCUUACAAAAAGAGUAAAUGCCCUUGGUGCCAAACAAUGUGGUACGUUUCUUGUUGACUGCGAGACAUAUGCCUCUAUACCUCAAUUAGGUGUUCAACGAACAUUACAUGUAUUUCAUAAUUCGGAACAGCCAGCAUCAGUGUUUGCAAUUCUCGAUAAUGGUACUGGAAAAACUGUUCCUGUAGUUGCAGAUGCCUUAUUUGAUUUGCUGUUGUUGAAGAUGUCGUCUGUGUAUCCCUCUAAAAAAUCUAAAGUUGAGAUUAGAGGUCCAAGAUUUGAGCUAAAUGAUUUUGUUAUUAAAAUUGGUGCGAUAAAUAUUAAUCACAAUGUUAAAGGCAUUAUAGUGGAGGCAGAAUAUAGGCCUUGUGUUGUAUUUGGUUUAUGUUGGGAUAUGUUACGAGAAUUUCUUCAAGGAUUUUUAGGAUCUUGUGUAUCAAAUAUCCCUCCACAUUAUUUUCAAAAUCGUAUGAACGAUAUUUUUCAACCGUUGGACACCAUUCAACAGUAUUUAGAUCAUAUAACUAUAUAUAGAAAAGCCACUGGGAUUUUACAACAGUUUAAUACUACUAAUACUUAAAUAUAAAUAUACCAAUGAAAUAUUCUUUUUUUGUGUUCACAAAAGCCAAAAUGUUUUAAAUAUAUUUUUAUUAUCAAUAAUUAAAAAUUAUGUUUUUGCUACUCAAU